AUGAAGAGAUCACAGUGCUUCUUAGACAUCAGUAUAGGCGAAGAACUUGAAGGAAGAAUAUUGGUUGAGCUUUUCAACGAUAUUGUACCCAAAACUGCUGAGAAUUUCAGAGCUCUAUGUACUGGUGAAAAAGGCAUUGGUCCCAAUACUAGGAUGCCCCUCCAUUUUAAGGGAACUUGCUUUCAUCGUAUUCUUAAAGGCUCUAUGAUAGAAGGAGGUGAUAUAUCAGCCGGAGACGGUACCGGAGGAGAAUCUAUAUAUGGACUUAAGUUUGAAGAUGAAAAUUUUGAAAUGAAGCAUGAAAGGAAAGGGAUGUUAUCAAUGGCAAACACCGGUCCUAAUACGAAUGGCUCUCAGUUUUUUAUCUCUACUACCCGAACGCCUCAUCUAGAUGGUAAGCAUGUUGUAUUUGGGAAAAUAGUUAAAGGAAUGGGUGUGGUUCGUUCAAUUGAGCAUGUUACGACCGGAGACAAGGACCGUCCUGUUCUUGAUGUUAAAAUUGUGGAUUGUGGAGAAAUUCUCGAAGGAGAAGAUGAUGGUAUAACUAACUUUUUUAAAGACGGCGAUACUUAUCCCGAUUGGCCAGCAGACCUUGCCGAGACUCCGAGUGAACUUGAAUGGUGGUUGAAAUCUGUUGACUCAAUCAAAGCUUUUGGUAAUGAGUAUUACAAGAAACAAGAGUACAAAAUGGCUCUAAGAAAGUAUCGAAAGGCGUUACGUUACCUGGAUAUUUGUUGGGAGAAGGAAGGGAUUGAUGAAGAGAAAAGUUCAUUUUUGAGAAAAACAAAGUCUCAGAUAUUUACAAACAGCUCUGCUUGUAAAUUGAAAUUAGGCGAUAUUAAAGGAGCAUUGUUGGACACAGAAUUUGCGAUGCGCGAAGGUGAUAAUAAUGCCAAAGCUUUAUUCCGCCAAGGACAGGCAUACAUGGUGCUCCACGACAUUGAUGCUGCAGUUGAAAGCUUUAAGAAAGCACUGACAUUGGAACCAAAUGAUGCUGGAAUAAAAAAGGAACUCGCUGCUGCGAGAAAGAAGAUUUCGGAUAGGACUGAUCUAGAGAAAAAAGCAUAUAGUAAGAUGUUCCAAAAACACAAAGGUUUGUAUUGA